CUCUCCCUCCACAGAGCCACCAUGCCCAACUGGGGAGGCGGCAACAAGUGCGGUGCCUGCGGGCGCACCGUCUACCACGCUGAGGAGGUGCAGUGCGACGGGAGGAGCUUCCACCGCUGCUGCUUCCUCUGCAUGGUCUGCCGGAAAAACUUGGACAGCACAACUGUAGCCAUUCAUGAUGCUGAAGUGUACUGCAAAUCCUGCUAUGGGAAAAAGUAUGGCCCCAAAGGCUAUGGAUAUGGCCAAGGGGCAGGCACACUGAACAUGGACAGGGGAGAGAGGCUGGGCAUCAAGCCUGAGAGCACUCCCUCUCCCCAUCGACCUACGACAAGCCCAAACACUUCCAAGUUCGCUCAGAAGUUUGGAGGGGCAGAGAAGUGCUCUAGGUGUGGGGAUUCUGUCUAUGCAGCAGAGAAAGUAAUAGGAGCUGGCAAGCCAUGGCACAAGAAUUGCUUCCGGUGUGCCAAGUGUGGAAAAAGCCUAGAAUCUACAACCCUGACUGAAAAAGAGGGAGAAAUCUAUUGUAAAGGUUGUUACGCGAAGAACUUCGGCCCCAAGGGGUUUGGGUACGGCCAGGGCGCAGGUGCCCUCGUUCAUGCCCAGUGA